AUGGAACCAGCGGCAGCGGGAGCCCUGGGCGCAGAGGGCGCAGCGGGCGCAGCCGGCGCAGGGGAAACGGCGGGGGCAGCGGGGGCGAGCGUGUUAGGUGCGCACAUGGCGAUACACAUGCCGAUGCGCGCGCUGAUGCUGGACGACGCGGGCAGCGACUCGUCCUUCACCUCCGCCGCCACCACCGCGUCUGGCGCUACCUUCUCCACGUGCUCGGGCGCGGGCGGCGGCGGCGCAGGGGGAGCUGCGGGCGCAGCGGGCGCAGGGGGAGCGGGAGCAGGGGGAGCGGGAGCAGGGGGAGCGUUGAGCGGUGCAGGGAGUGGUGGUGGUGGUGGUGGUGCGGGUACUUGGAGAAGCGCGGAGGAUGUGCUGGUGGGGGGCACUGGCGCUAUGAGCCUCCUAGGGAGUUCGGGCGCACUGCCGCCGUCGCAGUAUGAUCUGAACCAGCACGCGCAUCCCCUUCAGCAGCAACACGACCAGCAGCACCACCAGCAGAAGCACCAGCACCAGCAGCAGCAGCAGCAGCAACAGCAGCAGCAACAGCAGCAGCAGCAGCAGCAGCAGCAGCAUGUGUGCGUGGAGGUAACCUGGGCGUGUAACAUCCACCUGUGCAGGCAUCUGCUGCUAUCAGCCUUCUCCCAGGCCGGCAUGCGGCCGGCUUCGCUUGUCCUCUUCCACCCUGCCAUGCCACCCUCUCCCCGAGUAGGCUCGGGGAGCAGCGCUCACUCCGACCUCUCCCCUUCCGCCCGCGCGCAGGCUGUUCCGCCGGCGCAGUUUGCGCCCUCCCCUUCUUCUGCCCCCGCGUUCCCCUCUGCGCUUUCCCCUUCCGCACCCUGUGCUCCCCCCCCUGUUGGGGUGGGUACCGUCCCUCCUCCCUAUGACACGGCCACACUGGGAUGGAUGCAGCUUCAGCUACCAAGGCACGAGCUCGUGGAUGAGAGGCGGAUAAGAGACACACUUAGCAAAGUGGGAGCUGCUGCUGCCACCGCUGCCGUCGCCUCUGCUGGUAAUUCUGGCGGAACCGGAAAAGGAGGUGCAGUAACAGCCGCAGCAGCAGCUUUUUUCAGUGGGGCAGCAGGGGGAGGAGCAGUGGCAGGAGGGGCGGAGCGUUUCGACGGUUCACAAUCAGGGGAUGUGCGCAGGGGCAACCGCGGGAGGUGGGGGAGGAGAGCGGGGGGAGGGGGAGGUGGGGGGAGCGUUGGCGGGGGGAGUAGCGUUGGCGUUGGUGGGGCUAGUGCUGGUAGCGGUGUUAGCAGUGCGAGUGGUGUAAGCGGUGCAAGUGGUGCAAGUGGUCUCAGUAGCGUGCCUGGGUCCCUGUCUUCGCUUUGGAAACGGGCUGAUCUGGGGGGUAAUGGGGAUAGCACCCAUGGGGGUGGCAAGGGCAGGCGAGGCGGGCGAGGAGUGCGGCAGAAGCGGGAGCGGGAUGAGAGGGAGAGAGAGGAGCGGGAAAGGGAGAGGGAGAAGAGGGGGUUCCGGUGGGAGAGGGACGAGAGUGGGUGUGAGGAGAGGGAGAGGGAGAUGGAAAGGGAGAAGGAGAAGGAGAAGGAGAAGGAGAAGGAGAAGUGGGGGUUUCGGUACUCAGGAAGAAAGGCAGGGGCAAUGAUAGACUCGUUGCUGCUGGGACUGUCCAGCAGAAAGGCCCCUCCGCAUGGUGAAGCCUCCACGUCCUCCUCUGCUUCGGCUGCUGCUACUGCCGGUGCUGUUGCGGCCGCGGCUGUGUCCCUCUCGCCUCUGACUCUCUCCUCCCCUGCUGCUAGUCCUGGGCCUUCUUAUGCGGCCGCCUCCCCCCCGACCGCGUCUGCUGCUGCGCCUGGUGAUGCGUGCGCUGCUGCUCCGGUUGCGGCCCUGGGGAAUGCAGAGCGGGUGAGCGGUGAUAGUGGUGCUAUUGUGCCGAUGGGGGGUGCCGGAUUAGGAGGGCACAUAGCAGACGUAGCAGGAGCAGCAGUGGCAGCAGAAGCAGCAGGGAUGGCAGGGGCGGCAGGUUGGCAAGGCAUGGACAUAGAGGCGAGGGUAGAUGACAGCGAUGCUCUGAAUAGCGCUGGAGAUGGGAUGCGAGGAGGCGGAGGCGGAGGAGGAGGAGGAGAAGGAGCAGGUGCUGCUGCUGCCGCUGCUGGUGAGCUUGGCGACAGCAGUGGCAGCGGCAGCGGUAGUGGGCGGGGGGGUGUGCUGUUCUAUGUGAAGAGCCGGGGGCGUGGGACGGAGAGCAGCAAGCGGGCGAGUAGGAUCAAGAGCACGCGUAAGUGUGAGGGUGAAGGUACGGAGGCGUUGACUCCGCAUGCACAUGCGAGUGAACCGGGGCCGUUGGAACGAGAGGGAUCGACACAGACAUGUGUGCAGGCAGAAGGCGCAGCAGGUGUGGCUGCGCCUCAAAAGCAGCUGGUGAAGGUAGCGAUGGAAGUGGCGCUGGGGAUGCGGUUUCUCCACCGCCAUGGCAUCAUUCACAGGUGUGAUGUGAGAUGGGUGUUCAUCGGGUGCUGGAUGGGUUUGGGAUGGGUGUUUGGUGGGACCGUGGGUGUUCAGAUGGGUACUGAGGUUCCUAGCCCAGAUGGUCGUUUGCCCAUGUGGGUAGGUCUUUGCCUUUCCCGCCCUCCCAUAUCCAUCUCCGCAACCCUCUCCACCCCGUCUAACCCUCCCACCGCUCCCCACCGCACCCAACCGCACCCAACCACCAGGGACCUCAAGCCAGCAAACGUGCUCCUAGACGAGCAGGGGCGCGCCGUCGUAGGAGAUUUCGGCGUGGCACGGCUCAUCAGAGAGCGUGCCGAGAUGACCAAGGAGGUGGGCACCUACCGCUGGAUGGCCCCUGAAGCCUUCGGCACCACAGGGAUUUUUAAGCCGCCUAAAAUACCGCCCUCUUUCUUUCUCCCGGACCUCAAGCCAGCAAACGUGCUCCUAGACGAGCAGGGGCGCGCCGUCGUAGGCGACUUUGGCGUGGCACGGCUCAUCAGAGAGCGCGCCGAGAUGACCAAGGAGGUGGGCACCUACCGCUGGAUGGCCCCAGAGGCAUUCGGCACCACAGGCCAAUGGACCGUGACCCAACGCAGCGACGUGUACAGCUUCGGGAUUGUCCUCUGGGAGCUGCUCACCGCGCGGUUACCCUACGAGGACUACUCGCCGCUACAGGCGGCGGUGGCGGUGGCUCUGAAUGGGUUGCGGCCGCCGCUGCCUCACGAGUGCCAUGCGGGGGUGAGGAGAUUGAUAGAGCGGUGCUGGGCGCGGGAUCCGGGGGAUAGGCCGGAGUUUGAUGAGAUUGUAAGGGCGCUGGCGGCGAUUGGGGGUGAGGGCGUGGGGGUGGAGUGGGAGGGGAUGGGUGGUGUGGUGGAGGUGGGUGUGGGUGUGGAGGGAGAGGAGAGGGGGCGGGGGGUGGUGGGGGUUCGAAGAGGCGAGGAGAAGGACGGUGAUGGUAAAGCCGAUGGUGGUCCUGGUGGUGGUGUUGCUGCGGCUGCCGCUGCUGCUGUUGGUGGGGGUGGGCACGCUGUUAUUGCUGCGGAGGUUAUGGAGCAGCACAUGCCCAACAGCCAGCCCAGAAGUGACACCUUUCCUGCUGCUGCUCCCAUGCAGGAACUGCAGCAGCCGCAGCACCACGCACAGCAGCAACAGCGGCCGCAGGUGGUACUGGUGGAGCAGCGGGGGGUGCAAGGAAGGCCCAUGCAGCAGGGAGAUUCCAGUGCAGCCCUUGCAUCCAUGCAGAACGGUCCUGCUCGUGAGUGCUUGCAGUCGAUAAGCGGGCCUGAGCGGGGUGGGAGCGAGAGCGAGGGGGCGAUGGACGGGACGUGCGAGGAGGCAAUGGAGGUGGUGGAGCAGAUGCUUCCAGAGCUGCAUGUCAGUGAGGGGGAGGGAGGGCGGGGCGAGAAGAACGUGCGUGCAGGACGGUGA